AUGGGCAACGCCACUGGCCAUGCCGGCCGCCAAUUACCCGCCGACGUCCCACCGGCGUCGGCCAGGGCUGGACCCUCUUCGUCCCAAGAAGAGGAUCCCGUCCGCUUCGUCCAUAAUUUCUUCGACGAGUUCCUGGGAUACCUUCGAAAGAAGUUCCAAGAACGUGCGAUAGGCCUCCACCGCGGCAUCCCCAGUCCUUUCUGGCAGUUCCUCGACUCGCCGGAGGAAAGCGCCGACGACCCCGUCUUCCUCGCUCUGCUCCAGUACCUGAUCGAGACCACCUCGAAAGAAGGCUUUAGCUACCCUCUGAGCAGGGGUCUCAUGGAUCUGUUCGAGCGCGCUUUCUGCGGUAACAUGACUGGAGUGGAGGCCUUGUUCUCCAUGGAGGAGGACGACCAUCCCAUAAUCGAAUCCAGUAUAUCGGCGAUAGCCGAGAAGCUCGCCUCUCUUGGAGAUCAAUUCAGAGCGGCGGGGAUCAAGUGGAAGGGUGCGCUCGGUGUGGACUGGGAGGACGGUGAUUCCAUCACGCCGGCUGUUUAUUCUGAUGAUGGAGGCAGAUCUUCUUUGGGAUUGACCAUUGGAAUAGAUUUAGGAACUUCAUACACACGUGCUGCAGCUGAUGUGAAUGGCUCCUUGGAGAGUAUACCCAAUGACAAGGGCAAGCACAUGACCCCAUCUUGGGUGGCGGCGUCCGCAGUGGGAGGGCUAGUUGGUGACGAUGCGGAGGAGCAGGCAACUAUCACUCCUGAAGGAACCGCUUUCAAUGUCAAACGACUGAUUGGAAGAAAAUUUGAAGACAAAGAUGUACAGGAGGACAUGAAGCUUCUCCCGUACAAGAUUGUUGACAACGAUGGUAAACUCUGUAUUAAUAUGAAGAUGCAAAGGGAUGAGUGGUCUGAUAUUUUCAGUCCCGAGGACUUUGUUGCACUUAUUCUAAACAACAUAAAGAAGGAUGCCGAACGCGCUCUCAAUAUGACCAUCAUGGAUGCCAUUGUUACUGUUCCAGCUCACUUCAAUGUUGCUCAGCGACGGGCUACCAGGGAUGCUUGCUACAAAGCUGGCUUAAAUUUGGUUGGAAUAAUCAGUGAACCAACAGCUGCCGCGAUUGCAUAUGCUCGACAUAAGCAGGAUGGUCAAAAAAACAUCCUGGUUUGUCACAUUGGUGGUGGGACAUUUGAUGUCAGCGUCCUGAUUAUUGAUAAUGGAGCUUUUGUUGUUCUAGCAACUAUUGGAGGCAAACUAGGAGGUGAGGACUUUGAUAAGACAGUCAUGCGGUAUUUCAUAAAAUUGAUUAAUAAGAAGCAUAGGAAGGACAUCCGCAACGACAACCAGGCUCUCGCGAAGCUGAGGAGGGAAUGUGAACGUGCCAAGAGAGCUUUGAGUAGACAACGAGAAGUUCAAAUGGAGAUUGAAUCUCUCUGUGAGGGCCUUAAUUUCUCUGAGCUACUCACAAGGGACCUGUUUGAAGACUUGAACGAUUAUUUGUUCAUGAAGAUUGUAUGGCAUGUGAAUAAAUCCAUGAAUCAUGCUGGACUAAAGAAGGAUCAAAUUGAUGACGUUGUUCUCACGGGUGGGAGUUCCAGGAUUCCCAAGAUUCGGCAGCUUUUGAGGGAGUACUUUAAUGGAAAGGAGCCGGACGUGGAGGUGAACCUAGAUGAAGCAGCUCGAGAUGGUGCAGCUAUAGUAGGAGGCAUCAUAAGGGGGCACGGCUGCAUCGAUACUAAAGACAUACUUAUUUUGGAUGUGGCACCUCCUCCCACCGGGACUGGAGCGAUAAACACAUUGAUUCACAGGAACAUCAUGAUCCCGACGGUGAAAUCUCAAGUUUUCACCGCUUACCAGGAUCGGCAGUCUACUGACAUCGCCCAGGACUUUGAGGACGAGGGGUGCCUGGUUGCAAGGGCGGUGCUUGGGCUGGUCGCAAAGUUUCGGUAUCUCUGGUUGUGUGGGCGGUGGUGCCGGCGGUAA